AUUUCUUAGUUUUUAUUUUUUCUAAUAUUCUGAAUUCUGAUAUUCUGUAAUUCUACUGUAGACGUUGGUUGUGUUUAUCCUAUAUUGGUAGAGUCAAGUAUAUAGAUUCAAAACGUUUUUUGACUCCAUCUUUUCCUGCAGGCUGCUAAUAAAUAAACUUUAUCAGUCAUGAACACUAAAAUGAUUGUACGGUUUUAUCAAACUGUAAAACCUCAUCAGCCAUUAAUCCAGUUUCGACAUGGUGUUCCAGAGAUAAAUAAAUCUAAGUCAACCCCGUCGUCACCUUCUGCAAUUGGUGUAGUUCAAACAAUAGAAGACUAUCAAAUACCUACAAAAUUUAAAAGAGUAAUGAUGGAGGAUGCUGAAAUAAAUGCUAUUAACAGUGGUGGAGCUGAAUGAAGAUUUUGAUUAUGUUUUAACUCAUAUUUAGAUUAAAUAUUUAGUAAAAAUAUAAAAACAUAAUAAUUCAAUA